UUAUCAUACGUUCAAGCAUGGAUUUCAAGAAGUCCCUGUCCAAGCAAGAAGAAACUGAAGAAAUUAAACCCAUCGAUGAUCCCUUCUUAAUCACAUGGGAUUCCCCAACUGAUCCCAAAAACCCAAAAAACUGGCCCUACUCUAGAAGAUGGAUUCAGCUAGUCAUCGUUUCGGUGUUUGCACUGUUAGGCCCCAUGGCAUCUUCCAUGGUAGCUCCCUGUCUUGACCAAAUUGCAGAACGGUUUCAUAUUGAAAACUCUACUGAGAAAGCCCUUAUCCUCAGUAUAUAUUUGCUGGUUUUUGCAAUUUCACCCAUGAUCAGUGCCCCACUGUCGGAAAUAUUCGGUCGUCGAAUCCUGCUACAAACAGGAAAUGUCAUUUUCAUUGUUUUUAACAUGGCUUGUGGCCUCGCAAAAACCAAAGCUCAAAUGUACAUUUUUCGGUUUUUGGCCGGCUUUGGAAGUGCAACACCAAUGGGUCUCGGGAGCGGAACGAUUAGCGAUUUAUUCACUCCAGAAGAAAGAGGAAGAGCUGUCGCAGUCAUGUCCCUGGCUCCUUUGUUGGGUCCCACUAUAGGACCAGUAAUUAGUGGAUUUAUUGCUGACUAUACAACUUACAAGUGGAUCUUUUGGUCUACUACCAUUUUUAGCGGUUUUGUAUUUGCUCUUUCGAUACCCUUUCUUGCGGAAACGUAUCCCAAGACCCUCCUGGGCCGCAAAGCAAGAAAGCUUAAUAAAAAGGAAAAUACUUUAAAAUUUCAUACGGAAUGGCGUUUAGAACACAUUCCUCAACAUAAGCUUGUCACCCCUGCCUUGAUGCGACCUCUGAAAAUGUUGACAACUCAACCCGUGGUAAUUUUGUGCGCAGGUUACAUGGCUAUUCAGUAUGGUAUUCUUUAUCUUGUAUUAACAACUUACCCUGUUUUGUGGACACAUGAGUAUCAUCAACGUCCUUCCAUCGCUGGUUUACAUUACAUUGCUCCUGGACUUGGUUUGAUCUCGGGUAGCCAGGCAUCAGGCGUUUUUAUCGACAAGACCUUUCGUUUCCUAAAGAAUAGAAAUGACGGAAAGAUGGCACCAGAGUUUCGUGUUCCGGUAAUUUUAUUAGGUACAAUAUUUUUUCCAGCGGGCCUAUUCGUGUAUGGGUGGACCGCAAAGUACCAUACUCAUUGGAUUGGCCCUGAUAUCGGUGCCGCAAUGUUUAAUGUCGGCCUCAUGUUGGGUUGGCGUGGUAUUCAAACUUAUUUAAUAGAUACCUUCAUAAUAUAUGCUGCAUCAUCAACUGCAGUUGCUUGUUGCGUCCGUUCCCUUGCAGCAUUUGGUUUUCCAUUGUUUGGACAAACUCUUUACGAUCAUUUAGGUUAUGGAUGGGGAAAUUCCCUCUUGGGUUUUAUCGUUCUGGGGUCUUCUAUUAUUACCUGUUCCGUCCUUUGGUUUGGAGGAAAGAAGUUGCGAGCUAUGUCUAAUAUGGUUGUGUUCAAGGAUGAAUAA